AUGAUUAAGAAGAUACUAGGUUCUAAGCAAACCUUUGGGCUAGCUGGAUAUGAGGAACAAGACAUUCUUCAAAUGGACAAGUUUCGUAUAAAGAAUGUAUACCAGAGACUCAGAGGAGACAUGCCAAAUGUAGAGUGGAGAAGAUUGACUUGUAAUAACCAUGGAUUGCCAAGGUGGAAGUUCAUUUUGUACUUGGCCAUUCAUGGAAGAUUACUGACCAAGGAUAGGAUUGCAAAGUGGGCAACUGUGAAUGAGCCUUCCUGCCCUCUAUGUUGUUCAGUUGAUGAAUCCUUGAACCACUUGUUUUUUACAUGUCCUUAUUCAUCUAUUGUGUGGGGAAAGAUGCUAGCUUGGCAAGGUAUAAUCCGAACACCGGCAGACUGGAGUGCUGAAGUUGUAUGGGCUAUAGGACAGGCAAAAGGCAGGUCAGUGAAAGCUAUCCUGUAUCGGAUAGUUCUUGCAUGUUGUCUAUACUUCGUGUGGCAGGAGAGGAACUUUAGACUACACCAGCGGAAAAGAAGAGAACCCGAGGUUUUGCUGAGGCAGAUUGCACAGGAAGUCCACUGUAGAGGAUCCUUACUUCCUAGGUUGCACAGUCGAUUGGCUGAGCUUAGUUACUAUCCAUAG